CUCUCUGCCUCCUCUAUCAGACGGGCUGCUGCUGAGCUCCUGAGGACACACAGCCGGAGGAAUUAUGCCCUGCCCAGCAGCGGCUUUGCCCGUUUGAAGAGCUGACCUAUGCAUACCAAGUAGUUCUAAGUCCGGGGAUAUCCCCGUGUUUUUGUUUAGUAUGAGUAUGGAAGAUUAUGACUACCUGUUCAAAAUAGUUCUGAUAGGAAAUGCUGGAGUUGGGAAGACAUGUCUCUUCCGGCGCUUUACUCAGGGCCUUUUCCCACCUGGACAAGGGGCUACUAUUGGAGUAGAUUUCAUGAUUAAGACUGUGGAAAUCAAAGGGGAGAAGGUCAAGCUACAAAUAUGGGACACAGCUGGACAGGAGAGAUUUCGCUCCAUUACUCAGAGUUAUUACCGUAGUGCCAACGCCCUCAUUCUUACGUAUGACAUUACCUGUGAGGACUCCUUCAGGUGCCUUCCAGAGUGGCUGAGGGAGAUCGAGCAGUAUGCCAACAACCAAGUGAUGGAUGUUGCGUGUUUUAUAGGUAAUAAAAUAGAUCUGGCAGAGAAGAGAGAGGUCCUCAGGCAGAGGGCUGAAGACUUUGCCGAGGCCCAGAGCAUGCUGUACCUGGAGACGUCAGCCAAAGAGUCUGACAAUGUUGAGAAACUUUUUCUCGACCUGGCCUGUGAGCUCAUUCGAGAGGCCAAGCAGAACAAGCUGGAUAACAGUGACACUGCCCCGAUGCCUGGCGAGGGAAAAACUAUCAGUUACUUGAGCUCUUAAAACAGAUGUGUCAAAAACAACACAUGAUGUGUUGAAUUUUAACAUGUGCCGAAUCAGCUCAGGGACAACACAUGUUGUGUCAUUUGUGACACAACUAAUGUGUCUGUCAUUUUAACACAACUAUUGUGUCACUCAAAUCAACACAAAUGUGUGUUAAAAUGUGUUAUUUUGACACACAUAUGUAUAAAUGUGUUUUCAUAGAUAAGGUCAAAUAAAAAUUGACAUUUCCAUUUAAGGAUAUUAGAAAUACUUUUAUUACAAUUAAGUACACUACAACAACAAAGUUGGGACAGCUCAUGUAACAUUUUGUAACUUUUGUAAUAUUCAGUGAACAUGUAUAAAAACAUGGCAAUAAAAUUCAUAAAAGAAAUAAAAAGAAUCUCUGCCCCU